CGACGUCGUCGCCUAGUCCAGUCCACUACAUUGGUCUCCUGGCUCGAGACAUGAGAGUUCAUUGAACCGGUCGGUCUUCUUCUGUUUGAUUUUUUUUGUUGCGAGUUAGGGUUUAUAUAAUCACUCUUCACCAUAUCUGAGUCAGAGGUCGAGGCGAAGCAGAAUGUUGGCUCGUAUUUGGAGAUCUGAAUCUUCUGCUAGAUUGAUGAGUACGAGGUUGAUUCACGGUCGUGUCUACAAGAAAAGUACAACUUCAUCAAAGAGUCUACCUUCUUUGAGCCGAGGAACAUCAUUUGAAGGAGAGGAAUUGAAAUUGAAAAGUGGGUUUCAUUAUCUUAAAAGCUUAGAUGAUGCGAUCGAUUUGUUCGAUGAAAUGGUUAGAUCUCGUCCCUUGUAUCCGGCAGUUGAUUUCAAUAAAGUAAUUGGUGUCAUCGUGAGAAUGAAACGACCCGAUGUUGCGAUUUCUCUCUAUCAAAAGAUGGAAAUGCGCCGGAUUCCAGGUAAUAUCUACAGCUUCAAUAUUCUCAUAAAGUGUUUCUGCGACUGUUAUAAGUUGUCAUUUACUUUGUCUACAUUCGGGAAGAUCACUAAACUUGGUUUCCAGCCCGAUGUUGUUACGUUUAGUACGCUGCUCCACGGAUUAUGUCUGGAAGAUAAGAUCUCUGAAGCGGUUGCUUUAUUUGAUCAUAUGGUUGACACUGGAUUAACACCCAACGUCGUAACGUUUACAACACUGAUGAACGGUCUUUGCCGUGAGGGUCGAGUUCUUGAAGCACUAGCUCUUGUUGAUCGGAUGGUAGAAGAAGGUCAUCAACCUAACCAGGUUACUUACGGAACAAUUGUCAAUGGAAUGUGUAAGAUGGGUAACACUGUGUUGGCCUUGAAUCUGCUUAGGAAGAUGGAAGAAAACCACGUCACAGCUGAUGUUGUGAUCUAUAGUGCCAUCAUUGAUCGCCUUUGCAAAGACGGAAGUUAUAUCGAUGCUCAAAAUCUUUUCACUGAAAUGCAUGACAAAGGAAUUUUUCCCAAUGUUCUUACCUACAACUGUAUGAUAGACGCUUUUUGUAGCUCUGGUAGAUGGAGUGAUGCCAAGCAAUUGUUGCGUGAUAUGAUUGAAAGGCAAGUAAAUCCUGAUGUUGUAACUUUCAGUGCAUUGAUCAACGCAUUUGUCAAAGAAGGGAAGCUCGUUGAGGCUGAAAAAUUAUACGAGGAGAUGCUUCGUAGGGGUAUAUUUCCUAAUACAAUCACUUAUACCUCAAUGAUCGAUGGAUUUUGCAAACUGAAUCGUCUAGAUGAUGCAAAGCGUAUGUUUGAUUCGAUAGCUAGCAAGGGCUGCUCUCCGGACGUAGUUACUUGUAGUACCCUAAUUAAUGGCUAUUGUAAGGCUAAAAGGGUUGACGAUGGAAUGGAGAUUUUCUGCGAGAUGCAUCGAAGAGGAAUAGUUGCUACUACAGUUACUUACAAUACUUUGAUUCAUGGGUUUUGUCUAAUAGGUGAUCUUAAUGCCGCUCAAAACCUUCUCAAUGAGAUGAUUUCUAGUGGUGUGGCUCCAGAUUACAUCACUUUCCACAGUAUGCUGGCCGGCUUAUGUAGGAAGAAAGACCUACGAAAGGCAGUGGCAAUGUUGGUGGAUCUGCAGGAGAGCGUGGAUCAUCAAUUGGAGGAUGAAUGAAAGAAUGGAAGAUCAUUCAUAUUUAUAUCUUUAGCAGUAGAGCUCCAAUGCUAAAUUUUUUGCUGGAUCAAUUUCAUUUCUGAUGUCCCACAAAUUCGAUACACUUGUUAACUUCUCUGUUAUCAUGUUAUCUAUGUGGUACUCUUAAAAUGAGUUGUGUUGUCUGAAGGCCAAUUGGACAAAAUCUUGUUAGAUAUGCUUUUCGAUCA